UUUGUCUUCCAUUUUUGCUCGAAGCAUGAUGGGAUUACUAUUACUUUACGAGAACGAGGCCGACACAGAAAGAAGGCGGGAAGCGAGGAGACAAAAUAAGAGGAAGCAACGAUGGCUUAUCAGCAAGGAAUGGAAGGGAUAUGUUCCAAGAAAACGUUGGUGAAGCACAAAGAAAAAAAGACUUGCCAUCAUGGUCCUACAAACACUUACCAAGUUCAGACACCUCUUGGUGAAAUGACAAUUGUCAGUUGUCCUAAGGGGCUACAUUCCUUGAGCCAAGCUGCUCGAACAGAUGACACAUUUAAGCCAGACAAAUGGUGUCAGGUUGAGUUUAUAUCGCAACUGUACAGUGACAAUGGAUAUACCUAUACUCCAGCUCUUCACUGUAUUCAAUGGCUGAAAAACUAUUUUUUGAAACAAGAAAAUGACACGAGACCAUCGAUCUGUCCUUCCAUAUCUAGGAAAGAUACUUUUACGGGCAAGGUAUGGCAGACAUUAACAGAGAAUGUUCCAUUUGGUGAAACAAUCUCAUACAAGGGCCUUUCACUGGCAGCUGGCAGGGAUGGGGCAUUUCGUGCUGUGGGCCAGGCCAUGGCUAGUAACCCUGUACCACUGAUCAUUCCUUGUCACCGUGUCAUUCGCAGUGAUGGUGCAUUUGGCAACUAUGCAAAAGGAGAACUUAAUUCUGUCAAGGAAUGGCUGCUGCAGUUUGAAAGGGAGCUGUUUAAUUUGAACAGUCGCUUACCAUACCAUGGUGUUCACAAACAUUGCAUCCUCAGUUUCAUCCAAGUUUCAAAAGAAAUUUCAGUUUUCACAAUAUUAACAAUUUUGUAAAUCUUAUAAAACGUACAGGUAGUCCUCGGGUUACGACGGUCUC